UGAGACUUGAACUUGGGAGUCAGUUCGACAGAAUGGAGAGCUUAAGGCCGUCGAAGGACUGGUUUCAGAGUUUAUUAACCUUAUUACUUUUAGCAUCGAUUGUUAUAAAUGUUUCCAGUUUAAAUCAUCAUCGCGAUCUCAGGGAACCACUAGAUCCUGCACUCGAGAUAGCAAUCACUGAUAAUGAAGAAGAAACCAGAAGUAGUUCAUCCGAUUCUGUAGUUAUCAAAGCUGUUGACAUACCUGAAGAAUCAGUCACUUAUGAAGGUUCUCAAGUAUGGAGAGUUUUAGCACAGAAUGAAAAAGCGGAAUAUGUAUCCUAUCUUCAAGAAGUUGGAGAUGUAUCAACUUGGAUGGGAAAUGGAAGUGCAUUCGAUGUUUUGGUACGACCUGACACGAUCUCACGAGUUUCUCGUUUUUUGCGGGAAAGACAUGUGAAUUUUGAUGUUAUUAUUCCUGAUGUUCAACAAGCCAUUGAUCAGGAAAACCCACCCUUGCCACCAGAACUCAUAGAUGAACUAGAAGGACGGGCAGCCCGAUAUGCUCGGUGGAAGGAAAUCGCUUACAAGGUACGAAGUAAAUUUCCAGUACGUCGUUCUCCUCAUUCUCCUAAUGUUUACGGUGGAGGUAGCUCUUGGCUUUGGAAGGGUCACCGAAUGGAAUGGUCAACUUACCAUCGCCUUGAUGAUAUUCAUGGAUACCUUGAUUAUCUCGCGCAGACCUUCCCUGAAAUAUGUUCCGUUAUGUCCAUCGGAACUUCCGUGGAGGGGAGACCACUAAAGGUUAUUCGCAUCAGCAACAACAAGGCUGGUGCUCCUGCGAUUUGGAUCGAUGGUGGAAUACAUGCUCGUGAAUGGAUUUCGCCCGCAUCCGUCACGUAUAUAAUCAAUUAUCUGGUGGAAAAUAGUGAAACUCUGGAAGCUGAAUACUACAUCCUUCCAGUUGUAAAUCCUGACGGGACAAAAGUUGUCAUUUGUAACACAUGGAGUAAAAAUCAAGCCAUAAAAAGCGCCUUAGCUUGUUCCAGAUUCUGGUUUAAACCUACUAAUAGGAGCAAAUGUUACCUUAAAGUUUGCAGCACUCGCAUCAAAGAAAUUCUUGAUAGCAUUGGUUUCUGGUUCCGAAAAAGGUCCAGUACCAGCAAAAAUUUCCCGGCAGGGUUGCUUGCUUGUUCCAAGACCACCCCAUCUGUAACCAUAGUUUCUGUUGAGAUCUACCCCUAUGCAGACACCUCCUUUUUCCGGACUACUUCUGUUUUUCCGCCAGACGGUGGUGGGGAAAACACCCGAAGGAGUUCCGCUCUAGAUGUGAACGCUUUUGUUUUGUCGUGCCUGAGCGAUGGCCGCACAACCCCCGAAGCUCCUUUUACUCCCACUUGUGGCUCUGCGUCAAUUCUCGAAAGAACUAUAUCAGCGGCCCUAUUUCCGAGUUUUACUGCCUUUCUCUCAUUCCACAGCUAUGGCCAAUAUAUUUUGUAUCCUUGGGGCUACGAUCGUCGUGUGCCACCAGAUUAUACCGAUCUUGACAGAGUUGGACAACAAGCUGCAGCAGCAAUGAAAGCAGCUGGAGGUGCUGGAAGCGAUUACACUGUAGGAAAUAGUGCAAGCACCCUCUACGCAGCUUCUGGUGGCUCUGAUGACUGGGCGAAGGCAAUUCACAAGAUCAAGUAUACCUACACGAUUGAAUUACGGGACACGGGUAAAUUUGGAUUUGUUUUGCCCGCCCGGUACAUCAUCCCCACUGCCAAGGAAGCGCUCGCUGCUGUGACCGUGAUCACCGAAGCAAGUAAAAAGUCUUAGAAACUAGGUCACCCUCUCUUAUAUCUUGCUUAGAACUCAUCUGUUGAAAUGAACCAGUAAAGUAUUACUGAUUGAAGCAGCCAAAAGUGUGUCGCUGACAAUCAGUGAGAAUUUAUUUCUUCAGUCAGUUGAAUUUCGUCACUGGUUUAAGCAGUGAGAUUAAAUGAUUUGAAAAGUGAUUUUUACUGGUUUGACUAGUGAUUUUCACUGGCUUAACCAGUGAUUUUCACUGGCUAAACCUAUGAUGUUUACUGGCUUUUCACUGCCAGUAGUGGCGCGUUGUCUUUCAUCAGCUGGUUAGGUAUGAUAUGUAUCACAUCAUUGGUUAAAUCAGUGAGGUUGACUAGUUUAACCAGUGAGUUUGGCUGGUUUCUCAAUGCAGGUAGUCAAGUAGGUGUAUGCUUGUCUUUCAACAGCUGGUAAGGUAUGACACUUUUCAUUCUUGACUCUUGUGAUCACACAAAAUACUGAUUGAACCAGUUAUGAAACAAAAUACUGAUUCAACCAGUGCUAACUCAAAAUACUGAUGAAAACCAGUUUUUCAUCCAGUGAUAACUAAAAAAUACUGAUUCAACAAGUGCCAAAUUAAAAUACUGAUUCAAUCAGUGAUAACAGAAAAUACGGAUUCAACCAGUGCUAAAUAAAAAUACUGAUUUAACCAGUGAUAACAUAAAAUACUGAUUCAACCAGUGAUAAUUCAAAAUGCUGAUUAAAAUCGUGAUCACACAAAAUACUGAUUCAACCAGUUAUGAAACAAAAUACUGUUUAAAUCACUGAUAACAUAAAAUACUGCUUCAACCAGUGAUAACUAAAAAACACUGAUUCAACCAGAGAUAAAAAAUACUGAUUCAACUAGUGCUAACUCAAAAUACUGGUUCAACCAGUGAUAACACAAAAUACUGAUUCAACCAGAGAUAAAAAAUACUGAUUCAACCAGUGCUAACUCAAAAUACUGGUUCAACCAGUGAUAGCACAAAAUACUGAUUCAACCAGUGAUAACAGAAAACACUAAUUCAAAUAGUGAUAACAUAAACUACUGAUUCAACCAGUG